CACCAAGUCCUUAUGCACUUAUGUUAGACCCUUAGCUAUGAAAAGCGCAUUUUAGCUCAGAAUGUGAAACAAAAGCUAUGCUGGGUUUGCUUUGUGUGUCCUUCAAAGCAUACCUGUGUUAUAUUCCAGUAGUGACUAAUCUCAGCCACCGGCUCAGUUGCAGUGGAGCACCCACAACCAAUCACAGCUAUCUUAGGAACAGUACCAUCCUGAGUUUCUUGAAAAAACGCGUCCAGCGAGUCCGUUCGGGUGCACUGUCACUCACUAAAGGAUGCUUUCCUGAAACCAUGAAGCGACUGGAAAUGCUCAAACCCAUCAUCCCCAAGCUUCUCCUGAAGGGCAACUAAGAAAUUGCUCCUAAAACUACUAUAUGACAUGUUGGACACUCCCACAACACAUGACUCACACUUUCACACUCAUCAUCACACAACAAGCACUCCUUCAUCCCCUCCCUCCCCCUAUGCUUAUACCAAGUUCCUCAUUUAGCCCAUG